AUGACGGAGCAAGUGUCUCAACUGAUUAACCGCGACAAACCUGUAGCAGUAUCAGAAACGCUUGAUGAAGAUCAGGAUAAUCAAAUGAGUCUAAUGAAGGAGAUGAAGGAGGUGAAGGAGACGGUGAAAUUUUUGCGAGCCCACCUAACUAAAGACGAAGAACCUUCCUUCUCACGUGCACCAUCAAAGAUCUCAGCUGUUAGAAGCAAACGCUCUCCGGCUCAAGUGAUUGCCCUUGUUAUGGAUUCCUUCACAGAUAUUGAUAUCUUCAGUGACCUUCAGAAUGCCUACAGCAAGCGCCAGGUCCCUGUCUAUAUCCUUCUUGACCAGGACUUUCUACCUUAUUUCUUGGAAAUGUGCAAAAACUUGGGUGUCUGUCCUGAGAAGGAGAGUUUGAUGAGGGUUCGAACUCUCACUGGGAACAUCUACUACAUGAGAUCAGGUGCCAAAAUUAUUGGGAAAGUCCAUGAAAAAUUCAUGUUGAUUGAUGGCGUGAGAGUGACAACAGGCUCCUACAGUUUCACGUGGACUGACGGGAAGCUGAACAGCAGUAACUUGCUGCUACUGUCCGGUCAAGUUGUUGAACACUUUGACCUGCAGUUUCGAAUUCUUUAUGCCCAGUCAAACCCUAUCAGUCCUGAGUGCCGAUCAAGCUGUAGGAACAGUGGAAUAUUUGACCACGUGGAGAAAAGAAUAGAGUCCUCUAAAGAAUACACUGUGGAGAGCAAUUUGAGGGCAGAAUUUGCCAGGCUGUCUAGUACUCCAAAAAAACUGUUACAAGAACUAGAUGUGGCUGAAGACACUCCAGGAGGCAAACCUGGUGACCUGGGACAUUCUCACUUCAGUGAAGAGGAGUGGCUCAGCGAUCCAGAGGCCAUAGUGGGACAGAAGAACGCAUCAACUCAAACUGGCUUAUGGGAAGAGCAGCCUGCAGUGGCCGUGUGUAAUGUUGGCAUGCAGACCAAUGUUUUAACAGAAGAAGCUGACACGCAAACUUCAACUGCUACAAGAACGACUGGGACUCAGACUUCAGUUUUGCUGAAGGCUGCAGUGAUGCAGACAAGGGAAGAUGCGUAUGUGGAAACCCCUCUGCUUUACAGGAAGUUUUCCAAAGAAGAAUCCUUUCUACCUGGAAAGUCUUCAUCAAAUUCUAGCCUGCGGUCACUAUCUUCACCAUCAUCCCACCUGUCUCGUACGAGCUCCACCAACUCGCUGUCUUCUCUUCGGUCCUUUGAAUACCCUAGCAUUCACAGGGCAGAGUAUUUCCAAAAACUGCACACGGAGAGGCAAUUCCACUACUCCACCAUCAGAUCAAAGCUUAGCCACAUGGUGGGUAUCUUGUCCCGGAGAAGACAUGUUCCUGAAAGCUACAUGAACCACUGCAGGGGAAGGUACAACCUGAAGUAGAGGUGAGACAUCAGUGCCAGCCUGCACAGCCUCUGAGAUGUUUCACUCUUGUCUGAAUAAAUGCUGCACUGAAUGCAGAGCUUGAAAGCUCUGGUCACAAAAUGCAAUCACUUUACAUCUGCUGAUUCUUGUAUUUCCUUCUAGUACUUUUACUCUUCUUUAAUACAUGCACACAUCACUUUCCAGCACUUUGUUUUCUACCGUGCAAUUUAGUCAGUGAGAUUUUUCACAUGUACUGAAACCACUUGCAUGUUUCCCUUAUACACAUUGGUGGUAUAGGUUUAUUGUACUUCUGAAUAUUUGACUUAGAAAGCAUUUAAGUUUUGUUUUUAGGAUUGCUAACGCUCUGGCUUUAAGUUCUCUAAGCUUGGAGAAAUUUGAGUCAGAUCUUGCUCAGAAUGGU